AAUACACCAUUGGCAACUCAUUUUCGUUUAAAAAUUCGUCAGGAGUUAUCAAAAACAUUAUCUCGAAAACCGCAUCUACAAAAAAUGUGAAAAUUUCGCGUUCUGUGCUAUUAUUUUUAUUUUACAAACAUCAAUAUUGAAAAUACCCCUCAAACGGCAUAAAAGUGUUCCAAUACUCCCAAUUAAACUCAUAGCAACAUCAAACUGUCAAAAUUGUGUGGUUGAAAACAUUUUGCUUUGUCAGUUUAUUUUGUUAAUUUUAACAGAAAAUGGGCGACGAAAUGAAAAAUUCAACCGAAGAGUCAACUCCUGUGAAUCAAGAUGAAUUAAUUCUGGCCCAACAACGCCAAAUUGAGAAAGAGAUUUCAGAGUCAAUUGCUUUAGUCGGUGAAUUAGAGCCGAUAUCGUCUUUAAACAGAGAAUAUUCGAACGAUGAAGUUUACUUAGAAAAAAUCAAAGAUCUGUCUUCCAAAUACAAGAACAUCCGUAGAACUAGACCUGAUGGAAAUUGUUUUUUCCGCGCGUAUAGUUACGCAGGGCUUGAAAGACUGUUAGAUAAAAAAGACGAAUUUAAGACAUUUUAUAAGCAAGCUGAAGAAAGUAAAAAUGUUUUAGUUUCACUCGGCUUUCAGCAGUUUACAGUAGAAGAUUUUUACGAUACUUAUAUGGAAGUUCUUAAGCGCAUAGGUGACAUAGUCGAAGUAGAUGACGCCAAAAAGACACUACAUUACUUAUUUAAUGAACAGGGAUAUUCUGACUACAUGGUAGUUUACCUGCGGCUGCUGACCAGUGGACAGUUGCAAAAAGAACAAGACUUUUAUAGCUGUUUUAUAGAGGGUCAUAGAACUGUAGCUGACUUUUGCCACCAAGAGGUUGAACCGAUGUAUAAAGAAAGUGACCAUAUUCACAUCAUUGCAGCUUGCGCCGCCUUAAAUACGGGAGUUCGAGUGGUUUAUAUGGACCGGGGUAACAACAAAUCAGUCACUGAGCAUGAUUUUCCCGAAGGGUGUACACCUUCUGUUCAUUUAUUGUACCGUCCAGGGCAUUAUGAUAUCCUAUAUCCUUAAUUUGAGGGUCUUCUUUGCAAUUUCAUUUCUACAGUUCAAGAAUAAAAACAUUGUUGAGAUUCAAA